AUGGCACCAGGACUUAUUGACUCGGGAAUUACUUCCGAAUCCUCAACUUCGCCAAACGGAGUCAACAAGCCAACGGUUUGUCUACUGGAUACGUUACAUCCUCAAGCCAUCGAACGCGCCCGGUCGUUAUUCAACACUAUACUACCUUCAGACCCUAAGCACGCAGAGUGGAGGGAGCAUGCUGAAUACCUGGUGAUUCGCGGAUCGUACCUGACCACAGAAGACGUCGAAGCAUGCAAGAACCUAAAGGCCAUCGGAAAACAAGGUGUCGGGAUCGACAAGAUUGAUGGAGAAGCCUGCAAAGCGCGCGGAAUCAAGAUCUUCAACACGCCCGGAGUCAAUGCGCAGUCUGUCGCCGAGACAGUCCUUUCGCUCACGAUGUCUGUAGCUCGUGAGAUUGGUCGCAUCAUAGCGCUACAGAGUGUUGGCAUCAAGGUACCGAAAGAAACUUGCUCCGGCUUGAUCAUCAACGACAAGACGGUCGGCAUCGUGGGUAUGGGGAACAUCGGGCGGAAAGUCGCACAAAUCUUCCAAGGCGGACUAGGGUGUCGUAUAGUCUCAUACGAUCCACUAUUGCCAAAGGAUGCUUGGGAGGACAUUGCGCACACACGGGCAGAGACGCUUGAUGAGGUGCUCUCUGUCUCUGACGUUCUAACACUACACGUGCCUCUUCUGCCACAAACCCGAGGUCUCAUCUCGUAUGAACAACUUAAGAUGAUGAAGCGCACUUCCAUUUUGAUCAACGCCGCGAGAGGUGGAAUCGUGCAAGAGGCGGAUCUCGAACGCGCUUUGAAAGAAGGUCUCAUCUGGGGAGCGGGUCUUGACUGUCAUGAGCAUGAACCACCAACAAAAGAGGUAUAUGGUAGUCUUUGGGAGACCGGACGCGUCACUGCAAUAGCAGCAGUAGAUCGAUUGUAUGAGUAUAUUAAGACUGAAGGCGCUAUGUAA